ACUGGACUUCUGUACCACCGUACUGUAAUAGUACUCAGCACGGCUCAUGAGAACGGUUUGGCCGUACUCAGUAGUGAGUCGGCGAUGGGUAAACAUAGCAGGUUUAUAGAUAAAACAAAAAAGGAAAACUUUGAAAUGUUUAUCAUGAUUUCUUUGUAUAAAACAGGAUUCUUUCUCCUUCUCGUCAUGUUCCUAGUUGAAACACACUCUUACCAACCAAAGUUUAAAGUCUUUGAAAUAAGAAAAGCAAAAGAUCAUGACAACAGAAUGGAUUAUCAGUACUACGAUCCAGAUUUCACGAGAAUAGAAUCAGCCAUACAUAGAGAGAAAGACGACAAGAAACUUAUGAGACUUGCUAAGGAAAUUAUUAAUAGACUUCAUAGUUUGUCACAGCGAGAAAAGGAUUCAACUAGCAGUGAGAGUGAUUCGGGAUUCGUUGAUGAAACUAGAAGUUUAGUUGUUGUACCUAGUGACGAUGUUGUGUAUCAUACGAGACCCGCUCAAGAAAACAUUCUUCAGAAGCUUAUUCAGUCUGCCCUUCGGACCGACUUUAGUGGUAAAUGUAGAAGACAGAACAGCUCCUCCCAUUCAUCGCAUUCCCUAUGAUUAUGGCGAAAACUGAAAACAAAAACAUACUACCAAAGAAUAAAAUAUAUAUUAUGUUAAAAGA